UGUCAUCUACCACAUGCCUAGGGCCAUACAAUUUAUUUUCAGUCACAAGCCUCUGAUUUGAUCAUAAAUCAAAGAUUCUUAUAUUUACCAACUAGCAGCUUGAUUCUAUGGAUGAAGAACCUGUCCCCAAACACUAUAAGUUAACCCAUGAUUCGAAUAAUGUCAAUGAAAUCACAGGACAACCGAACAUGAAUCAAAAAUUGGCAAAGCAGUGUUCCAGUAUUCAUUGGCAAAAUGCAAUUUUUUUACCAUUCGACACGUUUUUUGCUAACGUAGUGCUACUGUCUGUGAUCUUGGUAGUUUUUCUUGUAAUUUACAAAAUUGCGUACAGUGCGCAAAAAACCAUGUAUGUACUAGAAAAGUACAUAACGCCGCUUUGCGAUAUCAUUUAUCUGACAGAUACUCUCCUCAAAAUACUGCAUAAUCUUCUGAAAAAGAUACAAGAAACACGUGGAUAUAUGCCUACUAGUUGGCCUUCACUGAUUAUCGAUAUAAUUUCGUUGAUACCUCUGAACUUAAUCUUUGAUACCUGGGUUAUCAAAAAGCAUGGAUCUUGGCAAGGAAUCGGCAACGUUCUCUCAUCAAAUAAACUGAUGAGGAUUUACCGUCUACAACUAAAUUUCCUUCAACUUAGAUCUGCCAUUGGAGUUAGAAACUUAUGGUAUCUGACAAUGGGCUAUGUAACGCUAUAUCUUGUCUUUGGUCAUAUUUUGGCAGCUUUAUUACAUACCAUGUCAUGCUGGGGUUGCAAAGAGAUUAACUGGACCCAUAGCUUCCCAUCUACUGUACUUGAUUAUUCCGAAACAAUGAAUCAGUUUAUUGCAGCAGUUACAGUCAUUUUGUCCCUAAAUUGGAACAACGCUGCGGGGAAUAUUUCAGCCACUGUCCCAAGGGAGUGGGUUUUUUUCAGUUUUGCUAUGGUCACUGGACUUAUUAUGAAAUCAGUAUUUUAUGCCUAUCUAGUUGGCAUAUUAAAGAGAAAUAUGUGGAGACAGCUUUCUUUUAUGCUGGAAAUGAGAUCAGAGGCCAAGUUCAUUGACUCAUGGGGUACCUCUGAUACACUCUAUGACCAAGUCAGUUUGUAUCAUAUGACUCUGCUGGAGAACAGAGCAGCGAUACAAACUGUGCCAGAAUUCUUUCACGCACUACCACGUCCUCUUCAACGAUCGGUUCAACUUGAUAUUCACUGGGAAGUCUUGAGACAUUCCCAGCUGUUUCAGAACGAAGAUAUCUCUUUCAAGCGUGCUCUCAGUUGCGUAAUGAGAAUUCAAUAUUAUCUACCUGGGGAAUAUGUGUUCAAGGCAAACAGGUAUACAUCAGAGAUGAUAUACGUAACAUCUGGAGUCUUGCAAAUAUUGACUGAGGAUGAUGCCGAGACACCUGUACUAUCAUUAUCAAGUGGCACUACAUUAGGUGAGGGAACAUUACUGACGCCAUCCAAAUGUCACGCUGACAUUCGCAGUGCAACCCAUUCCGAAUUACAUAUACUGGAUGCGACCAGCCUCUACAGGCUAUUGAAUUUAUAUCCGAUCGCAGCCACUCAUCUUCAUGAAAAACGAGUUGCACGCUUCCUAAUCGCGAAACACUUGAAGACCCUGAGACAUAGAGAGAUUGAACGCCAGGGGAUUCGGCAACAUAACAAUGGUAUGGGUUGGCUGAAGAUUUGUUGGCAUAUGAUUGAAGAUACAACAAAGCAUUGUGGCGAUCAAGUGUCACCGAAUUUUUCCGUACCUAUUCUCGAAACGAGAACUUCCUGUCAUCUGGAAUUGUUGGCUCUGAGUGAUAGAGUAGAAUUAAUAUCAAAUGCUAUUUGUUUGGAUAUGAGUUGCCCGUGCGUUCUUGAGCCAAAAUCGAAUUUUCUCAAUUGGUGGGGAAAAUUCGUUAUACUUAUGUCAUUUAUCAUAAUUUUAUUAUAUCCUUAUUACAUAACGUUUACUACGACAUUCCCAAAUUGGCUCCUCAUCACAGAUACUGUUUUUGUCAUAACCAGUGUCAUAGACCUGUUCAUACAGUCCUCCACAGCAAUAAAGCUAGAGAAUCAACCAAUGAUAGUUGAUACCGGACAUUUGCUGAGACUGAAGCUUCAAACUACAGGCUUCAUUGUCGACACCAUCGUUGCUUUACCAAUAGAACUGUUUAUCACCAUUUUUGGGAGUGUGAGCUCGAAUUCCAUAAAUCUUGAUAAUUACUCAUGUUCAAUUUAUAGAGCUAACAGACUGUUCACAGUGUAUAGGCUGUACAAAUAUAUGGUGCAAUUCGAAGAACAUAUGGGUAGAAAGGUGGAGCCUGUCAAGUUGUGUUGGUCAAUUUUUAUGUACGUCAUCACAGCAUAUUGGAUGGCAACUGUAAUAUAUCUGACUAGUUGUCGGUUGAAAGCAUGUGGUGUAAAUACAUUGAUUGGAUAUUAUGGGACACUCGAAGCAGAGUCACUUGCCAAAGAGGGAUUGCUGUACAAUGUUCUAAUAUCCUCCAUGUAUUACACAUUCAAUAUAAUAACGAGCCUUGGUAUUUCAAAAAAAGUGCCAAGAAACAAAUGGGAAGUUCUGGAAUUGGAUGCAGGAAUAAUCUUUAGUCUAAUGAUAUAUGUUUAUUUUUGCGCCGAAUCAGGAGCAACUCAUAUAAUUAAGUAUGAGACAAACAAUGCAGCUGCGGAGCACCUUUCCUUGGUCACUCAAUUUUUAACGCAGCAUGGGAACUCAAUGAACUUGAUAACGUGCAUUCGAAAUCAUUUUCACGCGCAAUGGAUUUACAAUAAAUUUAGGAGGCAUACGAAUGGUAAACUAUUGUCCAUGGUAUGUCAAGACUUGUAUGAUAAAAUAAUUAUACAAAGCAUCAUGGAAAACCUCAAGUCCUCACUGAUAUUCUCUGAAGGGAACCAGGUAUUUUUGGAAAUACUUGCUAAGAAAGCACAAGUCUUUCUUUUCACAAAGGAUGCAAUAAUUGCUAAAGCCGGAUUGAAAACAACAACUAUGUACGUGAUAAGAAAUGGAUACUGUCAGGUUAUUUCCGCAUUACCAAGCGACGUUGAUAGAGACAGAAAGGAAACUGUUGGUCCUGGAUCGGCAAUGCUUGUCAUAGAAUUUGUACGCAAUACGAAUAAUCUAGCUGACAUUUGUGCUUUAACGGCAUGUGAAAUCCUAUCUAUUCAGCACUCAGAUUUUAGGCAGACCCUAAACAUGUUCCCCGAAUAUAAGGCACAAUUAGCUCGAGCAAUAAAUCAAUGCGAUGACCUUGCUGAUAGAACUCUAGUGAGCUUUAAAAAUGAGAAGAAGUCUAUUUCAACAAUCAACGGGUAUCCAAAACUAGCCUCUCUAGAUGAGAAGGCAAUUGACCUGCAGUACAUUAAACCUUUUAAAAGAAUUGGGGUGCUCUCUAUCAUCCGCUAUCUGAUGUUGAGACGUGGCAUGGACCCAUGUGGAAAAUAUUUUACUUCUUGGGAGGAACUCCGAGAAGUUGUAUGUUUCAUGAGUAUCAUAUUCUAUCCUCAAUUCUUUACUUCACUGGUGGCAUAUCCUCAAUUACGUUGGGCUGGCUAUUUAUUCGAUCUCAUUGGAUUUAUAGACAUUUAUUUACGGCUGCACCUUUCGUACUUCACUAAUAAUGGCAUAAGAGUAAGUCAUCCUCUAUUGACAGCAAAACAUUAUAUUGCUGGUUGUCUAUUUGUCGACAUUUUAACCAGCUUGCCUCUGGAAUUAUUUGGAUUGGAAAACACACUCGGAUCUUCUAAUACCCACUUGACUAAGGCAUGGUUUUAUUUGAUUACUCGCCCGUUCCUACUUUUUAGAAUAUUCGGUAGAUUUGUUAUAACGAACAACGAAAUUGAACAUCGUAACACAUCAUUGGCUGGACUUAGAUUUCUGCUGAUUAUUGGAAUUAUGUUAAACUCUUUUUCAUGCGCCAAUAUGUUAUACAUAUGUCAAUUUCAAUACAAAGACGACGUUUAUGAGAAUAUCGAAUGUACCACUUAUUCGUGGUUUUCAGUAUCUAGAUUCAAACAACACAAUAACCCUCUGGCAAUCUAUUGUAUAUCCGUGUAUUUUUACUCCACUUUUAUUUUCCGUUGCGGAAAUGGGGCAAUAUCGACGGUCACAACUGAAGAAAUGGUUGUAGUCAUGUUGGUUUGCAUAACUGUUAUACCUAUGUGGUGGUUAACGGUUGCACAAAUCACUUGCAGCAAGAUUGGUUGCGAUCUCAGUCUUACAGGUUAUCGUCAAGAGAUACGAUCUUUGCUCCGUUAUUUAAAAGCAGAAGACGUUUCAAUGGAAUUGAUUACAGUAAUCAUUGACGAGGUUGAACAUUGUUGGAAAUGUUCCAAAAAAAGUACAGACUGUAAAAAUCUUUUUGAAACUCUCCCACCGCACCUCCGCGAAGAAGUUGCCAUGGAAUUGAAUGGCUCAGUGUUAGCGAGAGUGGAUUUAUUCAGAGAUCAUGACUUGAACGCCAUUAGAUUGUUGGCCAACCAGUUUGACAAUACAUGCUACCGCAAAGGUAGUCCCAUUAUUUGCCGCAAUGAAGUUCAAGAUAAAAUCUACAUCGUUAAAGAUGGUUUUGUUGAUGUUCUGGCAGCUGAUGAUAGUUUAAUAUGUACCAUCGGUCCUGGAGGUAUAUUUGGUUCAUUCAGGAAAACAAAGCCUCUGCGGCAUACUAUGCAGAUGAUGGCGCAAGGUCACGUACUUCUCUUAAGUAUAGCAGGGAGUAAAUUUUAUAGUACAAUUGACAACUUUCCUGUAGUGCAGGCCAGAUUAUCUUGUGCUACCAUUGUGAAUAUUGAAUUUAUUGUAGACUCGGUUAUGGUUCCUAAAUAUGCAGAAAAAAAAUCGAAUGCAGGUAGUAUUCAAACCAAGGCGUAUAGUUCAAUGACGUUCAUUUCUAAGGAAUUAGCUUGGUAUAAGUGGUUCUGCUGGAUAUUAUGUCUUCCUGUCUCUAUGAUGAGUGUCUAUCUCGUGACAACCCAAAUUGCUAUGCAUGCGUUAAAUGUACCAAUGAAUUUUCUCAUUUAUUUGUGUGACCUAUUAUUUUUUAUCAAAAUAUUCAUUGGUUUUCACACCAAUCUUAUUGAUCAGAGUAAGGAUGUUGCCAUCACUAAUUAUGAGCGGGUAUCGAGGAGAUACAUUUAUAGCUGGGAUCUCUUCUGGCUGGAUCUGCUCUGUUGCAUUCCGUUUGAGAUUUUGUCGCGUGUAGUGAGCAUUCCCAAGUUCCGUACUCAACUUUAUACAAUACUCAAAUCGAACCGUCUGCUAAGAAUAUUUCAUUUAUUGAAAUUUCAAGCCAAUGGGCAAAAAGACUUGUAUGUAAGUCCGGUGAAGCGUAUUUUUUAUUUCUGCACUACCAAUCUUGUUGUAGUUCACCUGGGCGUUUGUUUAUGGAUAUUUGUUGCAUGCCGAGAAUUUGGUUGUAGUCAUAAUAUUCCACCAAAUCGCCAAAAACAUUUCGUCACAUCCCGAAUUGAGGCAAUGAUGCUAGCUUACCAAUACAAUUCCGAUCUGCUGACUUCAGUCGGUUCACAUGACGUGCAGCCCAGCACAGUACCUGAAGCUCUGACAACAUUGUUAUUAAUAGUCCUCUAUCAAGCAGUCGUUCUGAAUUUCCUAACAACUGUAGCUACGAUGAUCCACUUCACCCAAUAUAUCUUCACAAACUUUGAGAUUCAGGCAGAAAGACUUUACUCAUUUAUGAAGAGCAGAUCACUAUCCCCCGUUUUGCUGCAAAGAAUAUGGGAUUAUUACUUGCAGCAAUGGGUGAGGUAUAGAGGGGCUUGGAUGCCCAGCAUGAUAAGUAGUAUGCCUGCUUUUUUACGACAUCGAAUUAUGUUUGAUAUCUAUGGUUACCUGCUCAUUGAGUCAGAGGUAUUUCACGGCCUGCACGAUGAUUUCUUAUUUCAACUUGCAGCCAGGAUGAAAUGCUGCGUGUACUUUCCCAAAAAUUAUAUUGUGCAAGCAGGUGAUGUUAAUCACACAAUGUACUUCAUUCAUUCUGGAAAAGUCGAGGUUUUGAGUAAACCUCAAUCAACCAUCCAAGGAUCGGGAAGUAUUUUUGGUAUACAGCAAGGUGUAACGAAUUAUCUUCCUCAUUCCAAUGAUGUGGUUGCACUGACCGUCAGUGUUGUCAUGAGUCUACAAAAAAUUGCGUGGAAGGAUUUACUCGAAGAAUAUCCAUCCGUUGAAAUAAUUCUCUUAGAAAGAAUUUCACGUUUGUCCAAAGAUUACUGACCUAAUACAGCUGCAGCCUCACAAUUGGAAGAAUUCUUGACGC